AUGUGUAGACUCACGGCAAUUUUGUCGACGAAGCAUCCCAUACUUGUGGAGGAUAUAGUGACGAAGCCUAAGCUUUCUAUUAUUUAUCAGUCAUUUAACUGUCAUGAGAGGCUUCCAAGAGAUAAGCCCCGAUGGGCUUACGAAAAAUCGACAUUGAAUGGGGACGGGUUUGGAGUCGGUUGGUAUGUCCCGAGCCCUCACAAGCCCUUGGUUACAGAGCCUGGUGAGCCUUGUGUGUUUCGGUCGUUGAAGCCUGCGUGGAGUGACCGUAACCUGAAGUCUUUGGCGGCGAAGACAGCGUCGAAUUUAAUUUUCGCACACGUGCGUGCAGCGGGGCCGGGAAGCGGCGAUCCGACGGAGGCCAAGUGCCAUCCUUUUCAAUGCGGUCGAUUUAUGUUUAUGCAUAAUGGAUUGAUCGCUGAUUGGGAAAAUAUGCGUCGGGGAUUGAUGAGGAAGCUUAAGACAAACUUGGCGUACGACUUUGCUCUGGAUCAUACACCCAUUGACAGUAUCGUAGUAUUCGCGCUAUUUAUAGAUUUGUUAGAAAGGGGACCGAGUGCGGAAUACACGGCAAACGAAAUCCGUAGUAGAUUUGAACAAGCACUGAUGACUAUCGCACUAGUGUGCGACGAACUGCAGGUAGAGGCAGUUAGCUAUCUCAAUCUGGCCAUCACUGAUGGCAACACUAUUGUGGCAAGUAGGUUUGCCAUAGACACGUAUAGUAGGAGGUGGGCGGCUAGCAAGAAAAACACUUGCCAAUCACUCUCUCUUUACUUCGCCUCGGGCACCCGCUGGGUUCCAGAGGCGCAAGGCGACUAUAGAAUGGUUCAGACGGACAAGCGUCAUGAAGUCUGCAUAAUAUCGUCUGAGCCACUAACCGACAUCCGCUCGGAAUGGGUGCCGGUUCCGCACAACCAUAUCAUGAUUGUAACGAACAAAUGCGACGUGCUCUUGCAACCGAUCAAGCCCCGCUGUUCCGGGGGUCCCCGGAGCCUGCCGAUCCGACAUCCCGCCGAACUCGCUCUCGGCUCCAGUCGUGGCGAACACCCGAAUACACACUCGGGUGCUGAGGUGAGUGCCCACAAGGACCAAACACAUAGUCCUGAGCACCGGGCGCGCGUGGCCAGGCAACUCGGCACAGUGCACCAGUCGCUGCGUUCUUUGGUGGAUGAAAACGAGGUCGAGGAGGCACUGGCCUGCGGCGUCCUAGGCGAAGAUAGCGAACCCGACGAGACGCUCGCGUGGGCCGCCCGUACGAGUCCGGCGACCGUGAGCGGUACGGGGCAACUGCGCAGCGGUAGCCACGCAGUCAUGUGUCUGUGCUCACUCGAGUUACCCCACCGUGACCCGCUCUCUGACGCGGUCUACGAGACCCUUUAUAUACUCGCCGGCGCAUCCGACGGCGCUAUCGCCAUCUGGCGCAACGGGACCUUGCUCGGAACCAUGCAGGGACACAAGAGCAGCGUUCUCAGCAUGAAAAUAUACCAACAACCUAACCAGACUGACAAGGCGGAACCACCCCUGACCCAGGCGGGGCAAGCAACCCUGCCCGAUCCGGCGUCGUCUGCGGGGUCGCGCUCCACCGCGAGCGGUUCCGCGCGAUUGUGGCUGAUUACGAGUAGCAGUGACGCGACGAUUGCGAUCUGGCGGUUGCCGGAGGUCUUGGCUGACUGCGCAGCUGGGAAGGUGCGGCCUGUCGGGCACUACCUGUACCGGCUCUCGUUCGAACCGAUGCAGGGUGACGUUCUGGCCAUGUACGUCAAGGCGCUUGUCUGCCGCGCCUCCAGCAUCUCCGCGCGGGGUCACCGCUGUAAACGGGACCCCAAAGCACCACCGGCCGAGCCACUCAGCUGGCGACGGGACUGCCUCUUCUUCGGCGCCCAGAGUACUGCCGUCGGCGGCAUCCGGCUUUGCUCCCUCAUCGACCGCCUCCUCCACUGCAGCAGCCUCAACCGCCGCACCGCCAAUGCCAGCGGGAGUACGGAACUUCACACGGGGAGUACGGAACCCCGCGCCGGCGCUUGCGGUAGUGCUAUGUGCACGCCGCAGUCUUGCAGUCUGGCCCGGUACCUAGUGACGGACUGGACAGGCGCCCCGGAGAUCGUGCUCAACGUCACCAAUCAGGUCACUCUGCCGGAAGACGAGGCCGUGACCCCUUUGACGCUCGCGGUCGUCGCCGCCCAGAGCAUGGGCGUUCGAGUCGACCCGGAGCCGUUUGUGAGCGGCAUUCCCCAAAACAAAAGGGCCAAACACGCAGUGUGCAGCGAAAUCGCAACACCCCAGCCAGUACCGGCCCAAGACAGCCCCACAGUCAGCAGCGGUCUCCCCCACUACGGUCUCCACCACGGCAGCGGUCCCGAGGGCACUUGUGCAGAGUUGCAGAUCGGCGAGAGUCUUGACAGCCUCGGUUCCGUCAGCCGAGACGAUUAUGCUCGGAGCUCCGGACUCAGCCGGGAAUCGCUGGUGAGCAGAGAAUCGCUGGUGAGUAGGGACUCGCUGACCAGUGAUAGCGCCGUGUCGAGUGGGCAAGAGAACCUUCGUCUCCGACAGAACGAAGACUUAUCAGACGUGAAAGACCAAAGGCUGCCUGGACUGAGUGCUGGCAAGCUGGCAGAUGGUGGAGCGGAUUUGAGAGGCGUCGUGGAGGCGGCGGCGGCUGCGGCGUCUCCGGUGGCGAACUCCCGGGAUGGCGAGUCUCGGAACCGUGGUGCCGAAUCUCGGUCUAUCCGAACGGGCGGUGCGACUUCAGCCUGCAGUGGAUUCGAAUGGGCGGUAUUGAAUACGGACCAGAGUGUAAGUCACUGCAGUUUCGUAGACGCCAUGGUUGAGGUGGGUAGCUAUUUGGUUACAGGUGGUGGUGACGGCUUAAUUGUGUUGUGGUUGGAUGGGCAACCGAAGUUUGUGUUAAGUGGUCAUACGGGCGCAGUCUUGUCGCUUGCUGGGGACAGUCGGCUGCAGACGCUCUAUUCGGGCUCGCGAGACGGGACAGUGCGCGUCUGGGACCUGGAGUCGCGCAGUUGCGUCCAGGUUUUGCGCGGGCAUCGCAGCGAUGUCUUAGCGCUCUGCAUCCGCGGCGACCUGCUUAUUUCUGCUAGCACUACGGACGAGGUCUGGGGCUGGCACCGGCGCUGGAACCAACCGGUGGUGCGUUUUACCAGCGCGGCGGGCUCUUCCGCCGGUUCUUCCGCCGGUUCGCCGACUGCCGCACACGUGUGCGACGCGCGCCGCGGAGCAUCUCGGAACAGAAAUCGCACCAUUCGGACGCCCCCGCGGGCGCCGAGGCCGGCGACAGUGGUCACGGAGCUCACCGUAGCGGGCCAGAUGCUCCUGGCCGCCUGCGGCGACGGCAGUAUCCGGCAAUGGAGUCUGGACUUCGAGGUGCCCAGCUGCCUCAGCUCCGCUUCCGGCGCCGUGCCGCGAGUGAGCGACGUAUGUCCGCUGACGCGCGAGACGCAGUGCCCCUCCCUCGCCACUCUUACCGACUGGAGUCUGCUGCUCGAACAAAUGCUCAAGUACCUCGUCCCGCUGCGCUCCAUUUCCGGAGAAACCGUCCACCUACCCGACUGCUGGGCCGUCGCCAAACGCAUCGGCCGUCUCUUCGAAGCCGCCGGCUGCAGCACUUCCCUAGUCAACGUCGACGCUGCCGUCGGUCCCAUCGUCCUCGGCCGCCUCGGCACAGACCCGCGGAAACCUACCGUCCUCCUCUACUCCCACUACGACGUCGUCAGCGCCGGCAGCGAGGCCGCCUGGACCUUCGACCCCUGGGACGUCCAACUCCUCAACGGCUGCUUCUACGGCCGCGGCACUACCGACAACAAAGGCCCGUUGGUCGUGCAGAUCAUGGCCGCCCGGAUCCUCGGCGGCGGCGCCGUGGCGGGAGUGCAAGCUGAGGGCAGAGUGCAGAGCAGCGGCAGAGAACAAGAGGAGAGCAGAGUGCAGGACGCCGGGUUGCAAGAGGCGCCCGUUAACCUGGUGUUAGUUUCAGAGGGGGCGGAGGAGGUGGGGAGCACGGGGUUUUCGGAGUUCAUUGACAAGUACCUGAAGACAAUCAAGAUCGACUACGCGAUUUUUUGCAACUCAUACUGGUUAGAUGACUCGAGGCCGUGCAUCGUGUACGGGAUGCGCGGCUUGGUCGACUUGGCGGUGGAAGUGCGAGGCGGCCAGGACGCAGUGGGGUUGCACAGCGGUAUCCACGGCGGCGCGGUGCACGAGACUAUGAAGGAGUUGAUGGCGGUGGUGGCUCAGACGGCGGGGCCGCAGGGCACGUUGGAGCGGGACCUGGAAUUCCAGAACGAAGUGCGCAUAAACCCAGCGUCGUUGGGUGUGAUUGAGCAGUUGUGUGACGAGGGCGUAUUCACGCUAGAGAAAUAUGCUCACGCGACCAAGAAGGCGUCCAUCCGCAAGAAAUGCGCGUCUACGCUUAUGCGCAAACGAUGGUGCGAACCUUGUAUCUCCAUCACGGAAGUGUGCAGCUCAGCCCAAGAAGCCGAACUGCGCGGCAAAAACUUCCACAUCCUCCCUAGCCUGAGCAGGGCACAUAUCAGCAUCCGCACCGUGCCCGAUCAGUCGGUUGACACGGUCGUGCAAUGCGCCACAAGGCAUCUGGAACGCGCGUUCGCGGCCCUCGACACGCCCAAUACACUCACUGUCAAGGUCAUGAAAAAACUCGACUGGUGGUCUGGAGACACGUCCAGUGCGCUCUACAAGGCGGCAGAGGCCGCCAUCGCCGCGGUCUGGAACACACCGCCUGUGUACAUCUGCGAAGGCGGCUCCAUCCCAGCCUGCCAAACCAUACAAAACAAACUCCGAGUACCCACGAUUCAAAUACCCAUCGGCCGGGCCAGUGACAACGCCCACCUCGCCAAUGAACGAAUCGGCGUGGUCAAUCUUGUGAAUGGCAUCAAAAUCCUCACACACAUCUUCAGCAACUUAAACUAG